GCCCAAGACCGUGCUCGGCGUGCAGCGGUGGCAGCUGCCCCUGGUUCCGGCCUUCGCGAUCACGGCGCACAGCAGUCAAGGCAAGACCCUGAAAGCCGUGCUGCUGGACCUCAACGUCAGCAAGUGGAUGCACACCGCCUUCGGCACGGUGGUCGCCAGCCGCGUCCGCAGCAGAGAGGACGUCCUGAUUCUGCGGCCCUUCCCGCUGUGGCUCUUCCAGCGCGGCGUCUCCGAGGGCCCCGGCCUGCUGCUCCGCAAGCUCCGCGGCGACAUCGACCUGGCCGCAUACCUGCAGACCCGGUGGCCCACGGCGCCCUGCAGGCAGUGUCACGCGCAAGCAGCCCAACGGCUUCUCCUAUUACGAGUGGCAGAACGUCCGAGCCAAUCGACCCGCCGCCUGCAUGGCCUGCGAUCCCAACAGCAACCAACCAGAGCGCAAUUUUCAGCCCAAAGGCAAGUUCAGGUGCGCCCAGUGCGGGCGACAGCAGAUCGAAGAGUGGUUUCCGCCGGCCCAGCUGAAGCAGCAGCGGGCCGACGUGAGACGGCGCUGCCUGGACUGCCUUAG